CCGGAAGUGGCUACCUAGUCCGGGAAUUUUAAACCUUGGCAGGCGGCUGGGAAAAACUGGGAGUGGAGAGUCGUUGGGUCCGUUGUUUCUUUCUCCUGGUGCCUGGAAAGAACACUUUUGCAAUUCAGUAUGGCUGUGGAUGACUAUGAGGAACUUCUCAAAUAUUAUGAACUACAUGAAACAAUUGGAACAGGUGGUUUUGCAAAGGUAAAAUUGGCCCGUCACUUACUUACUGGUGAACACGUUGCAAUAAAAAUAAUGGACAAGCAGACUCUGGGGGAUGACUUGCCUCGUGUAAAAAUAGAAAUUGAAGCCAUGAAGAGCUUAAGCCACCAGAACAUCUGCCGCUUAUACCAUGUUAUUGAGACACCAAAGAAGAUAUUUAUGGCUCUAGAGUACUGUCCUGGAGGAGAGCUAUUUGACUAUAUAAUUGCAAAGGAUCGCUUAGUGGAAGAGGAAGCACGUGUCUUUUUUCGCCAAAUUGUAUCUGCAAUCGCAUAUGUACACAGUCAGGGAUAUGCUCAUAGGGAUCUCAAACCGGAGAACUUGUUGAUUGAUGCUGAGCACAACCUGAAGCUGAUAGAUUUUGGUCUCUGUGCAAAACCAAGAGGUGGUCUGGAUUACCAUCUUAGCACAUGUUGCGGAAGUCCAGCAUAUGCAGCUCCAGAGUUAAUUCAAGGCAAAGCUUACAUUGGCUCAGAGGCAGAUAUCUGGAGUAUGGGUGUUCUUUUGUAUGCUCUCCUUUGUGGAUUUCUACCAUUUGAUGAUGAUAACGUUAUGAUACUCUACAGGAAAAUAGUGAGAGGGAAAUAUGAGAUCCCAAAAUGGCUUUCGCCUGGCAGUGUGUUGCUUCUUCACCAGAUGCUACAGGUGGACCCAAAGAAACGGAUAAUGGUUAAGCAUCUCUUAAGUCAUCCCUGGCUCAUGCACGGCGACUCCUUUGCCGUCCAGUGGCAAAGUAAAUAUCCUCUUGGCCAUCUUGACGAAGAUUGCAUAACCGAACUGUCUGUCUUUCACAAAUGUAGCAGAGAAAGCAUGGCAGAUGUCAUUUCAGAGUGGAAAUAUGAUAAUGUGUCUGCAACGUACCUUUUGCUUCAGUCCAAGAAGGCUCACGGUAAGCCUGUUCGUCUGAGGAUUCCUUCUCUAACAGCAGACUGUGUUGGCAUCACUCCAUCAAGAGAGCGGAAGGUCAAGAAAACCCUAAGUUAUGAUGAUGACCCAGACUGUAAAGAAACACCUUAUGUGUUUGGAUCCAUGGAGUUUUUAGCCUCUACUGAAGACCUUCCAGUAAUGUUAUGUAAUACUCCCACAACCAAACAGCCCCCAAUGUUGCUGGAUGUUGGAGAGUUCACAUCACCUCUCCUUCCCACGCCAAGAAGAGGAGGAACAAAGAAGCAUGCCGACAAAGAGAACAGUAAUGCCCUUGUUGCAGCAAAGCCAGAGCCCUUUAUUCUGCCUCCUCCCAAGACACCAACUAGGAUCAUGAAUGAGAACAGAGUAUUGACCACUCCAAACCAUGGACGUACACAUGAAGACAGGAGUCAAGUCACCAGAGAAACCCCAUUUAAGCUACCAACACCUGCAAAACCAGAAGAGUUAACGGCAAGAGUCAUUAGCCCCGAGAGAAGGUGUCGCUCGGUAGAAUUGGACUUGAACCAAGCUCAUAUGGAAAGUGGCCAAAAAAGGAAAGGAACCAAAAUGUUUGGGAGCCUUGAAAGAGGUUUGGAUAAAGUGAUUACAAUGCUGACACCAAAUAAAAAGAAGGGGCCUGCAAAAGAUGGCCCAAGGAAAUUAAAGGCUCAUUACAAUGUGACCACAACUAACUUACUGAAUCCAGAUGAUCUGCUGAAGGAGAUAAUUGCUGUGCUGCCCAAAAAGCAAGUUGAAUAUGUACAGAAAGGCUAUAAGCUGAAGUGCAAAACACAGUCAGACUUUGGCAAAGUGACAAUGCAGUUUGAGCUGGAGGUUUGCCAGCUGAGCAGGCCUGAAGUCGUGGGCAUUCGCAGGCAGCGGCUGAAGGGCGACGCUUGGGUCUACAAACGGCUGGUAGAAGACAUCCUCUCUAGCUGCAAGUUAUAAUCCUCUGCUCAUUGUGAAAAUAUGGACUAGUUUACCUAACCCACUCAUGUUCAUUUUAGUUGCUAAUAAGGUCCCUUCAUCUGUCUGAAGGACUAGUAUUUUAUUUGUUGUUGUUUUUUUAAAUAGAAACUUCUUUGUGAAUAAACCUGGCCUAUUGUGUCUUUA